UAAAUAUAAAAACCACGCAUUAUUUUUUGGCACAUGAUCCAUAAUCUCCACCCAAAGACUCCCCAAGCUCUCUUCAAACGAAUCGGAUUGUCUGAAAAGCGACUCUUACAAACUAAACGGAACCGAUUAAAUAUCUCUUUUAAUCCCUAAUUAAAAUUCUCAUACUUUGAUCAGAAAGGCGGCGGACCAUGUCGUUCGAUCUGCUGUUGAAGCCGUCGUGUAGUGGUUGCGGAUCGACCACGGACUUGUACGGAAGCAAUUGCAAGCACUUGACUCUGUGCUUGACCUGUGGCAAAACCAUGGCCGAGAACCGUGGAAAGUGCUUCGAGUGCGGCACCACCGUCACUCGCUUGAUUCGAGAAUAUAAUGUUCGUGCAAGUUCUAGCAACGACAAGAAUUACUUUAUUGGUAGAUUUGUGACUGGGUUGCCAAAUUUUUCAAAGAAGAAAAGUGCUGAGAAUAAAUGGUCUCUACAUAAAGAAGGGCUUCAAGGACGCCAAGUUACUGAUUCCUUGCGGGAGAAGUACAAGAAUAAACCCUGGCUAUUGGAGGACGAAACAGGGCAAUUCCAGUUUCAAGGUCAUCUUGAAGGUGCACAAUCUGCUACGUAUUACCUAUUAAUGAUGCAAGGAAAGGAGUUCGUUGCUAUCCCUGCUGGGUCUUGGUACAACUUUAACAAGGUUGCACAGUAUAAGCAACUUACGCUGGAGGAAGCAGAAGAAAAGAUGAAGAAUAGGAAAAAGACUGCUGAUGGAUAUGAAAGAUGGAUGAUGAAAGCUGCAAAUAAUGGAGCUGCUGCAUUUGGUGAAGUGGAGAGGUUUGAUGACAAGGAGAGUGGUGUGGCUGGUGGGAGGGGACGUAAAAAAACAACUGGUGAUGAAGAAGAAGGUAAUGUUUCAGAUAAAGGGGAGGAGGAUGAAGAAGAAGAGGCAGCAAGGAAGAAUCGAUUGGGACUCAACAAAAGAGAAGGUGACGAUGAUGAGGAAGGUCCAAGGGGUGGUGAUCUUGAUUUGGAUGAUGAUGAUAUUGAAAAGGGUGAUGAUUGGGAGCAUGAAGAAAUUUUCACUGAUGAUGAUGAAGCAGUUGGUAAUGAUCCUGAGGAAAGAGAAGAAUUGGCCCCUGAAGUUCCUGCUCCUCCAGAAAUUAAGCAGGAUGAAGAGGACGAGGAUGAAGAUAAUGAAGAAGAGGGUGGACUGAGUAAAUCUGGAAAAGAGUUGAAGAAGCUACUUGGGCGAACUGGUGGGCUGAAUGAUUCAGAUGCUGAGGAUGAUGAUGAUGAUGAGGAUAUCGAUGAUGAUAUUGGCCUUUCCCCUGUGCUGGCUCCAAAGCAGAAGGAUGCACCUAAAGAGGAACCUGCUGAAAACAGUCCUUUAAAAACGGCGCCUUCUGGACCUGCUAAGGGAACCCCAUCUAGCUCCAAGUCUUCGAAGUCUAAGAGAAAAUUGAAUGGGGAUGAUGCAAAAGCAACAAAUGGUGCACCUCCAAAGAAGGUGAAGACAGAAAAUGAACUAAAAUCUUCUGUAAAAGAAGAAAAUGUUCCUACUUCUAAAAGUACUGUGCCUUCAAAAGGAACACCAUCAUCAUCAUCAAAAUCUGCUUCAACAUCAUCUGCUGGGCCUGUCACUGAAGACGAAAUCAGGGCUGUUUUAAUGCAAAAGACACCAGUGACAACUCAGGAUCUUGUUGCUAAUUUUAAGGCAAGAUUAAGAUCACCAGAGGACAAGAACGCAUUUGCUGCCAUCCUGAGGAAAAUUUCUAAGAUACAGAAGUCAAAUGGAUCCAAGUCUAACUAUGUUGUUUUGAGAGAGAAAUGAUUGGAUCCAUCCAUGUACAUCUGCUUUUAAGUGAGCUGGACAAAUGGAUAUGACUGUUGUUUUGAGCGAGAGAUGAUUGAGUCCAUUUGCUUUUCGUUGCUUCCCACCAGCCAAUUUCCCCAAAUCCAACAAUGUCAUUUCUAACAAAACCCUAUCCGGCUAUCACAACCUUCCUCACCCCUUUCUCCAAAAAAAAAAAAAAAAAAAAAAAAAAAUCCUAGUCAAUAGUCAUGCAAGGAGGUUGUUUUGUAUAAGAUCCAUUUUAGAAUCAAAAGUUGUGUCAAAAUUAUGGAGGAUAAAUAUUGGGUUACUUUGUACUGAUAUAUGAUAUCUCGGAUCUGUAUGCAUUUACAAAACUGUAAAGGUGGAGCCUAAUGAGCUUUGGAUA